GGGUGGCGGGGGUGGAGGGGGUGGCCCCGGGGGCAUGUCUCCAGCAGGACCGCUGGGAGCCUUGCUAGGUGUGACGGGCAUCCUUUACGCCGGGUACAAUAGUUUUUACACGGUGGAGGGUGGGCACCGAGCUCUGUUGUUCAACAGAUUAAUCGGUGUGAAAGAAGAAGUGUACAUGGAGGGAAUGCAUUUUAUGAUUCCCUGGUUCGACAUGCCCAUCAUUUACGACAUCCGCCCCAAGCCCCGGAUGAUCCAGUCCUUGACAGGAAGCAAAGACAUGCAAAUGGUCAACAUCACCAUCCGCGUUUUGUCUAAGCCCGACUCGGCUCAACUCCGCUGGAUCUUCCGCACCUUGGGUCGCGACUACGACGAGCGUGUCCUCCCUUCCAUCGUCAACGAGGUCUCCAAGGCCGUGGUGGCCAAGUACAACGCCGCGGAGCUCUUGACGAAGCGUGAGAUGGUCUCCACCCAAAUCCGGUUGCAGUUGGAGAAGCGUGCGAAGGAGUUUCGGAUCGUCCUGGACGACGUGUCGAUCACCCACUUGACCUUCUCCCGGGAGUACACGAACGCGGUCGAGGCCAAGCAAGUUGCUCAACAGGAAGCCGAGCGCGCGAAAUAUGUGGUAAUGAAAGCGAACCAAGAAAAGGAAGCCAUCAUUAUCAAAGCGGAGGGAGAGGCCCAAUCCGCUGCUCUGGUGGGUAAGGCCAUUCGAGAGAAUCCUGCUUUUAUCAAGCUGCGCAAAAUCGACGCAGCCAGGGACAUUGCGAAUGUCGUGUCCUCUUCGGGUCAGAAGGUCUAUCUGUCUGCGGACUCCCUCUUGUUGAAUAUGUACUCGGGCGACGAAGAGAAGUCUGGAAAGAAGCGGUAGGCAUGCCACACGGGUAGAGAGGAGUGCGACGCGGGAAACUAAACAGGAAGAGGCGCAAGGAGAAAAAGACUUGGUGGGAAAGGGUACUCGUUGCUCUUUCAGGAAGGCAGGAUGCAUCGACAAAAGUUAAAGAAAUCCAAACCCUCGACCAAAAUUGA